CCAACAUGGAGUGCUAUGGUCGGCACGGAACCGCGGUCCCCUCCGAGGGACGGAUGGUCUAAAUGUUCUGUGGGUUGUGUUCCUUCUUAUUUAUUCAUCGACCGCUGCCACUCACUCCUCUUUGUCCCCUCUCUCGUCUGACUCUUCCCUCUGUUGCAAAGCGGUAACUAUUCCAACCUGUUGUCUUCAGGCAGCACAACAGCCUAUACGAUCACAUUUGAUAUUGUCAUCUCCGAAUCGCUGUUUCUUGCUCAUUGGGUUCUGAUUAUCUGCCACGAUGAGCCGAAGUAGCUAUAGUUACGAUGAUGAGGAUGACUACGACAUCCGCUACCAGAAGCGUGGACCAUCACCUGGCAUCCGAUAUGUUGCGAACCCGCAACGUACUCAAAACUACUACGAUGCACCUCCAGGACCCAGUUACAUUGGAGCUGACCGCCUGAACAUCACAACCAUGCAUCGUUCUCGGUCUCGUUCUCGUACUGGUGAGCAGUCUCGAGCUCGAGAGCGUCGCGCCAGCAGUCCCCCGGCCCCUGUUCCUGUAAUUAUCAAUAACAAGAUAUACAAUGACCUCUCCUCCGAUGAUGAAGAUACUCGUCGCAAACAAGUUGCGCGGUCUUCGCGGCGGCGCCGCUCUCGCUCUCGCUCCCGGUCGUCCUCAUCCCGAUCUCGAUCAUCUUCCUAUAUGACUCGAGAAGAAUGGGAGGCUGAGAAAACUCGCAAGGAGCUCGAAGAUCUUCGCCUCAACACAGCACGGGAGAAGGAGGAGCGAAGACUUGUCAAGCAAUACCGUGACGAGUGGGAGGCUGAGCAAGCACGUAAAGAUCUUGAGAAAAAUCGACUCGCUAGCUCGCGCGAGAGAGACGAGCGGCAACGCGAGAAGGAUGAGCGACAGCUUGUCAAAGGAUAUCGUGAGGAAUGGGAGGCGGAACAAGCACGUAAGGAGCUCGAAAAGAUGCACCUUGCUCAUGCGCGCGAUGAGGAAGAGCGUCGUCGUUUGAGGGAAUUUAAAGAGGAAGAGGAGCUCAAGCAAGCCAAGCGCGAGCUCGAAAAGAUCAAGGGCCGUAAAGCGCGCGCUGAUGAAGAAGAACGCAUCAAGAAGGAGAUUGAGUUGAGGCGCCUGAAAGAGGAAGACGCCGCCACAGAAGAGAGACAGCGCCGCGAGAAAGAGGCAAAUUCUGCUGUCGAGGAUUACAAGAGAAGGGAGCUUGAGCGAGUUGCCAAAGAGAAGAAGCUCAAAGACCAGAAGGAGAAAGAAGCAGCUGAAGCAGUUGAGCGUUACAAGCAGGCAGAGAAGGAUCGCAUAGCAAAGGAAAAGGCCGACAGAGAAGCCAAAGACCGGGAAUACCAGGACCGCUUGAAACAAGACCUCGCCAAGUCAGGACUCGAUGAUAAGACCAUCGAGGCCAUCUUGAAGAAGGAAAAGAUCAAGAAGGCACAGCCUCAACAUCCACAGCCUCUACCACAUCACGCAAUGGCUGGUCCAGCUCACCAUUACACCCCUAUGCCUGUCCCGGUCAACCAAAUCGCCACAAUUCCUCCUCCACCCCCUGCCGGCCAAGUUGCUCGACCAACUUAUACACGCAUGUCCCGCCGACAUCUGUCAAUCGAAUCGUUGCGUGAAUUCGGUGUCGAAUUUGAUUUUGAUACGGAUCCUGACUAUCUACUCAUUCGACGCUGGGUUCCGGAGUGGGAGCAAGACCGACUGUGGAAGCAUACAAAGCUGAUCCGCGAGAAGCGCACUAAGAUGCUUAUGGUCGAGGAAAAGCGACACGGCAGAGAAGAGCCAGACUUUGAAUGGGUUCGCAAGAAGGACAAGGAUAAGCAUAGCCGCCGUAGGAGUAAGUCACCAGGAUUGUUGAUGUAUUUGGCUGGUGCGCGGCCGGCAUAGGCUCAACGGGCGAUGGAUUGUAAAUUGCGAGCGAGAUAUUUUACAUUAAACCAGCCAAGAAGUGGCUCUCUAGUUCUUAUCUUUUGAGGCGAGUUGUUGUUACAGUUGUUGUACACAAUUUACAUUUACUUUGCUCCAGCUCGGCGAAUCAGCUCCUCGUACACCGUCCAAGCCAAUGCCGAACUCAUGGCCUUACGACUCAUCCGUAACGCUAAGCCAUCCCAUAGUGACCGAAUACCCUCAUGUGUUACCAUCUUAUACCAAGCGUGCCAUAUAUUCCUGUAUUCCAGUGGUUGUAAUUGAAUUCGUGUUUUGACCGCAUCGAAUGGGUUUGAAACAAUGGAGCAUGCUGCACCGGCAAGCAUAGCGGAAGUGAAGUUGACAGAGCUAGCCAGAGUUGCUUGCAUUCUGGUUGGGCCUUCGCCUGAUGCAACCGGCUUGGAUGCCAGUGAUCCGAGGCGCGAUUUCAGCAUCUCAUAGAAUAGCACGUACAUGCCAGCAUAUGGUGCAUCCCGAAACGCCGUGGCACCAAAUCCAGAGAAGAAACCACGCCAGCCGUGAGUCCGACGGAUGUCAUUCGCAGCUGACAUGAUGGAGGGAUAAGAAUAUAGACUGGAUUCAAAGCGAACCUUGAUCACGGUGAGAGGCAUAAGGACAAAGCCAGCAAACGUUCUUGCAACUGCGCCCGAGAUGAGGUUGCCCGAAUUCGUUAAUGAAGGAAGGACUGAUGAGCGGCCCUGGGUCUGUAGGCGCCGACCCAGGAUACCUGUCUGGUGUGCAUGCUGGCGAAUCGCAUUGAGUGAUGUGAAGUAGAGAGCUGAGCCGAAGCCCGUCCGUAGCGCAGAAGGAACGGUACCUCGCCACAGGGACUUUACAAGGCUUGAAGAUUGUCUCAGAUCACGUAGGGUAGCGCUUAAUGACGAACUACCAGACUGCUGUACUCGCGUUUUGAGAAGAUCCAAAGGUUGUAGGAGAACGGCUGAAGUGACGCCUGAGCCAAGGCCAGAUAUAAAAUGCCGGGCUAUUCAGUUGUGUCAGACGGUGAACAUUGAAUGGAGCCGACAGAGGCCGAACCACACAGAGACUCCGGUAUAUGGAAUUGACCAAGAAAGCAUACCUGAAUUGGCUGACCGAGAGGCUCGGGGCUCGGUCAUUGGUAAGGACACAGCAGCACCAUUGUGUUGAGUCGGGGAACCAGCAAUUGAGAUACCCAUGGCUAGUCACAGACUUGAGCCACCGGGCAUGUCGGGGAGAUAGAAUGGGUGACGUGACGAGAUAAAAUCGCACCGAAAGCCUAGACCCCGCUACGUGAAUCGGCCCCGCUUUGAUGCAUCUUGCACGUGCUGGUAAAGAAUGGCCCAAGUCCGUAGUAGGGUUGGGAGACAUGGAUCAGUUCGCGCCAACGCCACUGGCAUGGCUACCCCGAUAGUCGCCUAUUACAGACUCAAGACGGCCAGCCAGAAGACGAUGGCGUUUGACAAGCUCAACCCAUUCAUUUAUACCGAUCGAAGCAAGAAGCAUGCCAAAAUCAGCCCCCAGCCUCCCCAGACUGCCCGCGCAGUAAAGUACCUGCGUCAGAAUGCUUUCCCUCGAUGUCUGGUCUUUGACAGUUGGCAGAUAGAUACGCAGCGUUUCGACAAGCAUCUCUACCAUAUGUAAAGGAAAGUUAGCCAUUGGGGAAGGCAGGGCUCCCAAAGGAUCAGUUUCGUCGUUCCCGUGCGAUGCGAAGCUCGAAUUUAUGCUCCUAAACACAGAGACAAUGCUAAAGCUCUGUUCGCGAAAGAUCUCGAUAAAUCGUUUCAGAUACCGCUCUGUCUGUUGGCCGCCUGACCACGUGCUGGUAGCUUUGUCCUUUCGAAGUCGUUCCUCAUCUGCUAGGUCUCUCAGAGGUUCCAAUGCUUCCAACGUUGUCAAAAGCGUGGACAAGCGGCACACCAAGAAGACGGCCGGGAGUGCGUCUUCAGUUGACGCAUCAGUCACCAGAUCCGGGACGAUUCGUUUGAGCCAGCCUAUCGUUCGAACGGCAGCGGCAAGCUUGAGAUUGGGUGCUUUGAGCGUUCCAAUGAGAUCUGCAGCCAUCUGUCGAAUGGCAGCAUCUGCCUCGUCUAGUACCGAAGUGACAAGCGGUGAGUCUGGGUAGAGGGAAGCAAGGCGUCGGACGUGUGCGUAAAGCUCGAGCGUAGAGGAAUGAUUGACCGGCGCAGUCGAGACAGCGGACGAAAGAAGGAGAGGCAUUUCCAUGACAUCAACAAGACGUUCCGAGUUUCGAAGUAGAAGAAGGGCCUGCUUUCUCCGCGCUAGUAAUUUGCUCUCGCUGGCCUUGCCAAAAGCUGACGAGAAGUGUUCUGCUUGCGCAUCUAGUCGGGGUACUGCCUGGACAAGGUCUGAGGCUCGCUGGGCCAGAGUCGGUAGGGACGUUCGUAGCAAAGCAUGGCUCGCGGCUGAAUCGACGACGGGUUUGUGGGAUCUCUUCGAAAGCGCUUGUACGGCAAGCAGUAGGGAGUGGAAGGUCUGAGAUAAGACUUGAGGCUCGGAUGCUUGAAGGGAGCUGGACUCUUGUUCGGCAAGAUAGGUCAGGUACUCCAAGGCAGAUGGGUCGUUCGCCUGAUCGGGUGCCAGCAGGUCUCUUAGAGCUUCCGCCAUGGUGGUCUGGAGAGUAGUGUGCGGUUGGUGCGUGACGAUGCGACGCGAAACAAUGCACUUGAGGUGUCAAAUCGUCUAGCUUCAGUCGAUUAUAAAAAGGGGGGGAUAUUAGGACAGCAACAACUGAAAGUCAGAUCACGAGAAUGAAGAAAUGAGGUCUUGAAACGAACUAUCAAUCUGCCAAGCUCCAGCACAGAUACGUCCGUGACUGAACGCUCGUGGACGAUCUGGUGUUCUAAUUGAGUGAGGUGGCACCUGGCCUGUAAACGAGCUA